AGCAUUUUUACAGCAUUUUUAGGCAACGUUUCAGAAUCUACGAAAGUUUACCACUGCGCUAAUAGACGCUUGUCUCGCGAACAGAAGUCGCCUGAGGAGGUAACCAUAGCAACAGCAAGGCAGCUGCUGGAGUAUUGGAGGGUAGAUGGAGAAAACAAGCACUGCCAUUAUUUAUUACUUUAUUAUAGAUUUACUCAUCAAACGUUUCAUUUUUUUUUUUUAUAAUCGACUAAUAACACGUGAACCAAAACACUAUUUAGCGUCUUCAUUUAAAAUUACUGACUGAAAUUUCUUUAAGGAGUCAGGUAGGCUAAUUCACAACUACUGUAUGCAAUUAAUGUUGUACAAAUCAUAGCAAUUAGCCUAUAUAAUUAGCAUUAUGAAAUAUUCUAUCGUUUAUGAAAUAAGCUUGAUGUUGCUCUGACCGUAUCCACCUUUGUCCUGACGAGCCUACUGCGAUUUAGAUUAUGCGUGGCACUUUCGGUUUCUGGGGAAGUUCCACUCAAGAAGACUAAAACAAACAAACCAUUUAAAAUCAUAAGGUUGCGCUACAAAUAAUCCUUAUCCGUCAGUUUGACUGAAUGAGCUGUAAAAAAAAAAUUCUUCAAUGUUGUCAUGUUCAGACUCCAAGAAAAUACGCUUGGUAUUUUAAUGUGACAUGGUUUGACAAGAAUAUCUAUGGCAAGCUCGUUUCAGUCGCUGCAUUCUUUUCCUCCUGAUUAGCCUAUGCCUGUUUUCUUUUUUCCUUUAUUCCACUGUAACAGGGAAAAAGGACAACAUAUACUGCGCACGUGGUCUGCUCUCCCGAUUUAAUUUACGAUAUAUCACAUAACUCACUGGAAUGCACUAAGAAUCUCCCGUUUUUCUCCCCAAAUCCUCACUUCUCUUUCCAGGUUUGUUUUGACACAGAUGCUUUUUCUCCCGUUUUCACUAUAAGCCAGUUUCCUAUAACCACUGUGCCGCGGAAAAUUAUCAAAUUCCAAUAAAUAAAAAAAUAAAAAUAAAUACUGCAAAAUACAUCGUCGCUGUCGGGCAGAAACCUGGUAUCUCUAUAUUUCGUCGUUUUUGUUUUAUCUUUUUUUUUCUUCUUCAAAUUAAUACUAUUGGUCACACUUUAUGUCUGUUGGCUUUACAAAUAUUUAACCAAUGAAAAGCAUUUAAAAGAGGUUGUGACUAAACAUUGUAACUCCAUUGGAUCCUCAAACUGUCAGUCAAACAUCAUAUCUCCACCCACCUCUAACGUGAUUGAAGUCACGCGUACAGUUUGGACCGUCUCUGCUUGUUUGCAAUGCAAAGGUAAAUAAUUCUGUAUUUAAAUAAUCGGUGCCAAGUAAAUUCGGUCGGGAAAACGGAAUGUCCUCUUUCAACUACAAAUUCACAUAUUAUUAAUUAAUAUUAAGCUGGUAGUUGUGGAUUCCACAGCGAAAAGUCAAGGGAGGAGUCUCGCAGUGAGGGGUCGAGGAGAGGACGCGCAGGAUAUUUUCGCUUCAGCUAGCGUUACAAACAGCCUAAAGUAAUUAAAAUAAAGUAAAUGAUAACGCUCAAUGAUUUGGAAAGCCUAUUUUCAGACGUAUCUACUGUAAUCUACUUUAUCAGAAAAUUAUUUAUCAGGGAAAUUUUACUGGGACACAGCAAGACUUUACUGGGGCUGUACCCCAGUAAAAAGGUUCUAGCGACGCCCCUGUCACAUAACUCUGUCAUUCGCUGGUCAAAAACCAUAACUCUAUUUGAGCUUGAUUUUAAUAAAAUGUUAAUAAUUAUAAUGACACAUGCAGGGCUGCAUUAAUGCACAGGCUUUACCCAGGGCCCCAAGGCUGGAGGAGGGCCCCAGUGAUGCUGGAAAAAUAUAUAUAAUUGAAAACUAAAAUUAAAAUUUAACACAUUUUAUAAAGUUUUAGCUAUUCUGUUAAAAUCUAAUUAUUGUCACUUUGCUUUGAGUGUGCGUGGCUAGAAGAUGUGGGCUUGUGAAGUUGUGUUGUGCGUUGAACUUCCAUGCUAUGUUACCCUUACCUCCUCAGCAUUCUCAGAGUAAAGAGACGACAAUACAGAGACGUUAACGGGGAAGAGAUAACACAACAAAUAUAUCCAACAUUUCUUCAUCAGACAAUUUCACUGAGCCGCAAAAUGAAAGGGUUAGUUCACCCUAAAAGGAAAUUUCUGUCAUUGGGUACUCACCCUCAUUUGUCUUUCCAAACCUGUAAGACCUUCAUUCAUCUUUGGAACACAUUAAGACAUUUGUAAUGAAAUCCAAGAGGAUUUACUGAGUACUGAAUACUGAGUCGGCAUUCUGACGUAGAACCUGGAAGCGCUGCACUGUGUUUACUACGUCAACAGCGUAGGAGAAUGACAGGGAAGGAAAUUGUUGAAUAAAGUAAUUAUUUUUGUUCAGUUUUUGCGCACAAAAAGUAUUCUCAUCGCUUCAUAACAUUAAGGUUGAACCACGGUUGUCACAUGGACUACUUUAAUGAUGUCUUUACUACCUUUCUGGGCCUUGAAAGGUGCAAUGACGUUGCUGCCUAUGUGUGGUUCAGAAACCCUCGGAUUCCAUCAAAAAGAUCUUAAUUUGUGUUCCGAAGAUGAACGAAUGUCUUACAGGUUUGGAACGACAUGAUGGUGAGUAAUUAAUGACAGAAUUUUCAUUUUUGGGUGAAUUAACCCUUUUAACACAGCCCAAGUAUCUAAAGCGAUGAAAAGUCUGCUUUGGCGAGCGAAUAAAACAAACUUACUCAGGUCUUUCUUGCUCCAGAGCUCCAUGAACCAACACAUACAGUAUAUGAAAUGAGCAAUAUCACACGACACAAGCAAGAAUGCUGUUUUCUUGAAUAUCAGCACGAUUGCAAAUGUGAUAUUACAAGAAAUUAAUAUUAAAUUACACAAUUUUGUCUGUUUUGUUCUGUCUCUCCAAUGAAAAUAGUUCCAAUCAAAGCCACAGCAUAACCGUUGUGCAUCUCCGAGCAACACACAAUGGUGUUUUGUUCCUGAAUGAAUUCGAGUUUUGAAAGAAUUGGUUGAGUGACUGAUUCAAUGACCAAAACAAGAAAACUCAUUCAGGGGCAUUUUUUGCACCCAUAUAUUGAAUUUCGAGGGCAUUUUUGUUUUAUUUUUUGCCCCAAAUUUCGACCCUGCUUACCAUUAUUGUGAGGUGAAAAUGAUCCACAUCUAUAUACAGACAAUAGUAUACAUUUUUGAGGAAUGUAUGGGUGUGCAUGCAGUGUGGGGCCCCAUAUCCAGUUUUAUUAUGCCAUUUGAAGCAGUGCAGGUUUGUGCAAUUUUGUUAUAUUUUAAUGCUUAGUGGUGUGCUGUGGGAUUUUUUACUUAUCAAAACUGUGCUGUGGCAAAAAAAUAAAAAUUAAAUAAAUUAAAAUGUUGGGAAACCUGAAAUGUUUCUAAAGCAGGUAAAUACAAUAUCUGUCACAAUGACGGAAAUCACUUUGAAUUAUUAUCACUCAUGUUCCAGUUAAUUAACAUUUUUGAGUAAGGCAAUGUGUUAUGUAAUACAGACAUAUUGGCCUAGUACAGGCCUAUUUAACACGUCUGUAAUAUUGCUGCAAAGAUUAGGUAAUCAGGUAGCGGCCUCAACAAGGUGGGUAAUAAUUUGGCAGGGUGUUACAAUUCAGCACAACACCGGCAUAUUUUAGUGUUAUGCAGCAUUGCAUUUUACAAACAAGUUGGUGGUGGCACAGAGCCUCUUCAGAACAGCUUUAACCCAGAUGUGUAAAGAUACUUGAAAAGUACUAAUGAGGUAAUCUUGCAUUACAAUGAAAUCAGGAUAUUUGUACACCGUAUCGUACCAUUUGUUCCUUGUGAUUUCAUCCAGCUUGUGUUACUGGGACAUAUAAUGGAUGGAGAUGAUUUGAUCAUGACGCCCCUUUAGGCAAAGAGAGGAUAAUCCACAUGAUCAUGUUUUGACAUUUGGCCUUGAAUAAAUGCGUGUGGCGCACAUCAAGUAACCAAAUAUACACAAAGCACUUGAGGAAUAUAAUUACCUAUAGUUUCUAUUAUGAUAUUAUUUUACAAAUAAUAAUUCAGUGAAUCUGAAUCUUAGUCAAUUGUAAUAAAUGUGCAUUGUCGACAAGCAUUUUAACCUGGGGUCUGUGAAGGUCCUGCAUGGUAUAUAAAGCAUGUUGGAUAUAAUAUGGUUUAUGUUAUGGGUUGGCUGGUCCAGAAGAUUAAAAAUGAAACCAUGUGACUGAGGAACCAGAUAGCCAGAUGGACAGUGUCUUAGAAGAUCAUGUACUACAUUGUUCCUUUCUUAUGUAGUUUUAAGAGGGGAUGUCUUUGAUGAAAUAACAAACUGAUGAUGGCAGGCAUUGUUUGAAAGGGUGUGAUAUCUAUUUCUAGAAAAGGAUGAGGUGAGGAAACCUUUUCUCACGAAGACGGCAUAUCUGAAACCACCUACACUAAAAAAAGGAUAUUGUGUGCGUAUUUUAUGAAAAAUAAUAUGAAUAGAUUAGACAACUAACACCACUGUUAUUGUUGGUUUAAGGAAGGUAUUAUGAUGCUUUUCAUUACCUUCAAUUUAUAACAUAUAAUAGUGAUGAAAUUGCUAGUUAUGUUAAUUUUGGAAUGGAUUUUAUCAUCUUUUUGUGAAAAUAAGAAGAAUGUGUAUAUCCUUUAAUUAUCAUUUAUAUAAAAAAUAAUUUAUGUAAUUUUCAUAUUAAUUAAUUAAAAAAAGUCAUUUUUAUCAACAAAUGAGGAGAUAUGACCAUUCAAAAAUAGACUAAUAUAUUAGUCUAAAAGUCAAUAAUGUGUCAUUAGAAUGGACCAUGUGUUUCAUUAGGUCCUGUUUUGUAAACUUGACCACUUUUCGUGUUCAAGUGGACAUAUUUAUUGUAUAAUGCAUCAUUAUAAUAGCACAGUUAAGUGCAGUCUGAUACACAGUGAUAUAAUGCAUUUAUAGAAUAUAAGUCAAUGCAAAAGCUAAGUUAGUGCUACAUGAGCAGCAAGAUGCUCCUAGUAAUUCCAGACAUGUUACCUGAUACUGAAUUUAUACUGGUCUUCUUAGAGCUCCUCGUGUUCCUCCUCUGGCGUCCCGUAUUUCUCAUAACCCCAGCUGUUUUGUUUCUGGUGCCCUCCCUCACACCUAUAGAUAGAAAGGGGUCAGUAUAAAUAGCUAUAUCGUCAUAAACUUACAGAGAAGACAACGAGAGAGAGAGAGAAGGUGAACAAGUUUUAAAACAGGAGUCAGAUGUUUUCUUUUGUGGCUCUUUCCUUCAUUGAAAACGUGUGACCACAGUGACAUCAGAUUCAUUUGAACUGCAGCAUUCAGUGCCUGUUGGUGAGACCUGCACACAGAACGGAAAACUUGUAGCGUGAUCUGAUACCAGAGCAUCAUGUGGCCAGCCCUCCUAGUGUGUCAGCUUGUCCUGAUUCUCCAGUCAGAGGCUCAGAGUCCCUGCCUCACCCACCCAACAUUCAGAGACCCAGACAACUCUGAUAUCACAGUUAUGUGUGGCACAAACAGGAUGGAUUUGUACAUUUUGCUGUGCCCUAUGUACUUCUAUGGAUAUAACGAAUCCAUGGUGGCUCUUAAUGGUCACUUUGCCAAGCCAGAGUGCAGAGGAACCGCUGACUGGACUGCCAACCCACCUGUACUGAAAUUCCAGUUCUACAUCACUGAACCAUACAUAUCUAUUUGCUCCAAUAAGCUGACGAUCACUCAGGAGGUGGGAUCUGGGCUGUUCUCUGACUUCUCUAGUGUGCAGUCUGUGAACAUCUCUGGGGUGGUUAACACUCAGGACCCCAAUGCUGGAACCAUCACCUACCGGCAGGAGAUGAAAUACCUCUUUUCCUGCAGAUACCCACUGCAGUACUUGAUCAACAACACGGAGAUGAGUGUAUCUGGAGUGAGUCUGGCAAUUAAAGACAAUAACGGUAGUUUCAUCAGCACUCUGAGCAUGCUUCUUUUCGAGGACUACACAUAUACAACUCGUCUCUUCAUUCCUCCAACGGGCCUCAUGCUGAAGACCAGGGUUUUUGUGGAAGUUCGAGCCACUAAUCUCACAGAGAGGUUCAAUGUUCUGUUGGAUCGAUGCUAUACAACCACUAAUCCUUACCCAGGCAACAGCACAUCAUUUGACCUGUUCGUCGGAUGUAACCAUGAUCUACAAACCAUAAUGGGUGUGAAUGGAGAACAGCAGGUGGCGCGCUUCUCGUUCGAGACCUUUCGCUUUGUAGAGCACAGAAACAGGACAGUGUCGACCUUUUAUCUGCACUGUACCACCAGGCUCUGCGAGAGCUCUUUCUGUAGAUCCUUACGGCAGAAUUGCUCAACUCCUGCGAGGAAGAGGAGAGAAGUCCAGUCGGCUCAGGGAACCUCAGUGAGUGACGUCGCCACAGUGAGCUCUGGACCAGUCAUCACCAAAGUGGAUGAACCAUUUGCACCUGUUGCAGCAGCAUCUGAGGCUCAGAACGCAGCAGAGGCAGUGGUAGGUGUCUCUGUGGCAGCAGGGGUAUUCGGAGCGCUGUGUGUCAUCAUGCUGGCUAUGCUUGUCUACAAGAUCCGCAGGGACAAGUUCAGUGUAGACAAAUCAACACUUUUUCACUGACAGCUGUAAAACAGAAAUUCCAUUCCUGACAGGGUUCCCUUGCCACUGUAAAAGCUGUUCUCACAGACACUCUAGAAAGGGCCUCUGCAGUGAUCUGUAGUUUAAGAGGAUAGGAAUGGGAUGAUGACACAAGGAAGAACAAAAUCUCACCAAACCACUGUAAUAAAUCGAUCUGUGCCUUACAGUAACACAAUCUACUGAAUGGUUUAGAUUCAUCAUACUUUUUUUGCAUGCCAAGGUUUAUUAUAUUAACUAUAUUCCAUUUAUAUAUCUGCAUUUUGGGAUUUUCUGUACGAGGGCAUUCUUGUAAAAAAAAGUAUUUUGCUAAUGUUGUGAUUUUAUGACUGAUUAAAGCAAAACUAAGAAAUAUUAUUUUUCAGUUGUAAACACUGGCCUUCAUGGACUCAGAUUUGUGCUUGUUAUAAAAUUGUAUACCUCUUGUAACUACAUUUACAAUCAGAUUUUUUCCCCAAAAGUGUAAAUGCCUAUGUGGCAUUUGAUUUACUUAAUUUAUAAGUUAUAUUAAAUGCAUUAAUUAAAUAAAAUACAGAAAUCGUAUGCAUUUUAAAGGGAUAGUUCACCCAAAAAUGAAAAUUCUGCCAUUUGGAACAAAUUGAGGGUGAGUAAAUGGCAGAAUUUUCAUUUUUGGGUGAACUAUCCCUUUAAUGCAUUUAUAUAUAAUGCUAGACAGCGCUAACCAGCAUGAAGGAUGAUUCAAUGCAAUGAGAAGAUAUUACACAAUGUGCAGAGAAGUUAAAAAAAAAAAAAAGAGACUUUAUUAACAGUUUAGAAACAAUCUUCUCCCUUUUCCAUGUAUUCUCUCCACACAGACUUGACAAAACAAGUGAAGAUGUGAAAGCCAAAAAAAAAAAAAAAAAAAAUCCACUUUUCCAGUCAGUGAAAUUCCUUUGAAGUCAGUGCAGCAGACUAAUCCUACUGAAGUCCAUAAAUACAGGAGAUGUUUGGCAUAGAAGAUG